AUGCCCUACAAUACUCGCCGCAAGUCCUUGUCUCUUCCGCUACUGGGCAUUCAUCUUCCAAACACAUCUCGUCGCUCUCCUUCAACCUCAAAACCGGUUCACGCGACCGACGAGAACACUCCUCCUUCCAAAAAGGUAAAGAGAUCGCAUGACUCGGCCACUUCGUCGCCAGAGCCUACAGAACAUGGCACAAACUCGAAGCGACAGACGAAUACUGUUCGCCCGUCUGGCAGACGCGCGACAGUGGAACAAACUCCUCCUUUAUCGCCCUCUGAUGGCGGUGUCGCACCCAAGAUCGACCUCGAAGGUAUCAACGACGACAUCGUGGUUGGUGUGAUUGAGCAGUUGGAAAAGACCGCCAAUCGCCCUCACUUGGUCAAAGAGCUGGCUGCGGUUCUCAUCACUUUCAACGACAAUGUGGCGAAUUCUGCAAACCCUGCUGCCCUACUCUCCUCCCGUCUAAGCACUUAUAUGAAGCGCCCAUGGACAGCGCUAGCGCCGUGUCCUUUGGCGAAGGAGCUCAUUCCGAUACACCCUCGCAAGGUGUAUUACUAUCUCACAACCCAUGCGCGCCAGCCUAUACCCGAGAGUUCCGACGAUGUCAUUAUACCCGGUAUCGAAGGCAAAGCCCCGACGCCUAGUGUAUCUAGUGUAGAUGACGAGGAGGAUUCUCUGGCGCGGCAGCGCUCUCCAAGCCCCGAGGUUGAUUUGUCUUCUCCUGAUUUCGAGGAAGGAGACAUUGACUUGGAUGCUUGUGGCGGAUCCGGUAGCGCGAGACACAGCCCGGAGUUCCCUGACCAUCGCCACACGCGAGUUGUUCACUCACAUCGUGCGGUUUCUCCACCAUUGGAGGGCGAUGAGAAGGAGUUUACGCAAACGGCUAGCGCUGUUCGCGAGCGGGCCUCCGAGCAAAAAGCCAGCCAACUUGCGCAAGCCAAGGGUGGAUACUCGGCUCUCACAGAGGCCCUCCAGGGGUUGGACGACAUGAGUAUGAGCAUCUCGGGAACACCUGUUGAUGGCAGCCCUCUCUCCUCCCUCGGGGACGAUGAAAUGUCCCAAGCUCAGGAUAAUUACUUUUCCCCUGAGCACCGUGAAUCGCACUCCUCUCUCCAAGAACAGCUGCAACAACAGGAUCUUGAUGAAACUGCUGCAACUGCCCUGUUCGGCACCUCUCCUUCUCCUUCACUCACAUCCGUUGCGCUGUCCGUCUCGUCUGGCACGAGUGCGGCUUCGGAUGAUGGUUCGGAUAUUGAGAGCGGGCCCGGUUCUCUCGGAAAUGCUCCGCGCAUCGCUCUUCCGGAAGAUCCGAGCCUGGCGCGUAUGUCGACACUCAAGAGGUCAAUAGACAUGCUGGACGAUGAAAUUCCUGGCCUAGACAUAGGAAUGGCGGAUCUCGCAGAGGAUAAAGUAGCUGUGAACGCUAUGAUGCCUCUGAACCUCUCUUCUGAGAUGGUUCUCGACUCUUGGCGGGAGCUACAAAGCCCGGAAAGUGUGGACGUCGACGAACUUGAUGAGAUGUUCGGCGAGAUCUAA